GAUUCAUCUGAGACUAAGCGAAUGCUCUUUAACCUCCGUCACAAAUCGUCAUCAUGCAAGCUCAAUAACGAAAGUUCGGUGAAGUCUAAGAGAAGGAAUGGCUUUGGAAGUCCCAAGUCGCCUUCGGAGUCGACAGUAUCAUCCCUGUCCACAGCUACUGAUGGCAUCCUUCGCCGUUCAGGCGAUUCCGUGGAUAGUAUUAGAAUUGACAGAAAAGGUAAUUUCAUACAUUAUGGAUCAAAAUCGCACUCUAUAUCCUUCGCUGAUGAGGUGGAAGGGGAUACUGGACGUUUGGAGAACGUUUUUAUUGUGGAAAGUUUCAAGGCAUAUAACUACGAGGAUGAUGAAGUCCCCGGUGACAGUAGGAGCCGUAGAGGCUGUUUCAGUUUGCGAAGGAUCUUCUGAGAUCUACUUGUUACCCGAUUAACACUCUCAAUACUAUAAACCCGAUACUAUCCGUUGUUAGUCCGUUAGUUACCAAAGUAGUUGAAAAUAGUAGUACAUACCAGAGUAAUACGUGUCAACGAUGAUGGUGAUAUCACCUUAGUCGUCGUUUGUUUUUUGCUUCCUAGAGCUGUAUCGAUCCCUUCCUCCCUCCUCUAUUCCUCUUGAAAUGCUGCAUAUGGGCUUAGUUGUUUAUAUUUCUACUCUUGCUAUCAUUGUGACUAUCGCUACGACUUGCCAUUGCUGUUCUACACUUGCUGUUUGUAGCCCUGUAGUUGGUAUUUGUAUUUAUCGUGCAGCGAUGCUCACUUGUUGCUGGUAAACUGUUAGGAAAUGUGAUAAAUGAUGUAGUUGUUGUUGUUAAAGGAGCUUUGUGAUUACGAGAGGGCGGCUGGUUAUUAUGCACUCGAGGCUUCUGGCCGCCGCUCCAUAACUAAGCUAAUGCAGCGGUGCUAGUGGUUUGUAUCAUUGUUAUUCUAUUGGAGGUAGAUAGGCUGCCUGAAGUCGGCGUUAUCGAUAGAGCCAGUAAGACUAGGAUGCAGUAUGAAGCUCUACUAGGGAGGUUGUUGGUGUGACUACUUCUAAUGAGGUAUGCCUUAUGGGUUUUGUAUCGUUACUGUUCCGGACCUUGAUCUUCGUCCAGUAUGAUCAACUGGUAGUAUUAGUAUACAUCAUAUUCUCAACAAGCGGCUCCACGACAAUUAGCUCGUAUUGUCGCUAUUGAAUGCUUAAAUGUUUUUGUCCUGUCACUAUGUCUUGAGGCGACAAGGGGGUCGGUCACCUGCCGUGUUGCCCUACAGUAUAUUGAUGGAUCUGUUGUGGCCUUAUCAUCUAUACCCGUCGUCUUAUUGUUACCAAUACUGUUACUACUACUACAUACACUUCCACUGCGUGCCGCUCCCGACAGAGGCUACCGAUCCCGAAGGCCAUUCGGUUAUCGAUACCCACUGUUGUUGAAUCUGGAUGUGUCAUCAUUCUUCUUACAAGAUACUACAUGAUUCCGAUGAUUUCUGUGAUUCUGGCCGUUUAUUGUUCUUCAUAUACUGCAAUGCAUAACGUUAGUCUGAAAUAUCUCGUCUUGUCGCCGCUACUUUCCCGUCGAUUAGUCUCCUAUCAACCGGCAUGUCUU